GAAUUCUAGAUUUUCUAAAUUUUUUUCGCCAAAUCUCAUGUCGAUAAAAAAAUUAUCGGCCGACUUUUUAUUCUUCAGUCUGCUCUCUUAUUUCUCACAAGUCUAUUUAUAAUUUAGUAUUUUAUAGGUCGUUGUCAAACCGCUCAUUCUUACCUUGUUGGAACCCAAUAAAUGGAUUCACAGCGCGUAUUGACUACGUAUCUUACCGUGUCAACUACAUAAUGUACCCUAUUGUGUUCAAGCUGAUUCUGUGGCUAGUAUUCGUUGUAUUUUUUAUUGCUGCGGUCGCAGGAGAUGAACACAAGGUUAAAAAAAAAUCUGCAACUUGUGUUCUUCCGCCUUAUCCAGACAAUGGGCGUUAUGACAUGGCUGGGUACCCCUGGGCGAAGCCUGGUGAUCUGUUCGAGUUUGCGUACCUCAAUGUCAGCUGCAAACCUGGUAAUAAAGUCAUUGGGAACAAUGUCAUCCUGUGUGUUGAAGGAGAAUGGUCUAGGAUAUUGCCGCAAUGUGUGCCCGUAUGUAAACUUGAAACACACCAGAGCGUGAAGUAUACCUGUAAGAGACCUGAUUCAGACAGGUUUGAGGAAUGUGGAGAUUCCGAGCCAGUCGGUACUGUAGUCCAGCCGCAGUGUCGCGAAGGUUACUACAGCCCCUCGGCUUUGCCUCUCAUGAAAUGCCAUGAAGAAGUGUGGGACUUCAUAGCAACAUGCAUACCAGAAUGCGGCAUUGUAUCUGCCAACGCGAACACUGUGCCGUGGUAUUCAUAUAUUUACGAAGAAUUACCAAUGGAAUACCGAGGACGGUGCGGUGGUACUAUCAUCUCGAAUAACGUCGUCGUGUCAGCGGCGCACUGUUUUGGGACCACUCGUACGCACAAUGUUUUAGAUUAUGUGGUAGUAGUCCAACCGUUUAGUCUCACCUUUGCCAAAAAAGAUCUGGAAGCUAAGGGGAAUUUGUACACCUCAAUACAUCGUGUCCGGAAAAUCGAUAUACCUGUUCUAUACAAGGGCGAACUGACUAACUACCAGUACGACAUAGCGUUACUAACAUUGCAAACCCCAGUGGUAUUCUCGGCGGGUGUCAUGCCAGCUUGCCUGGACUUCCAACAGGAUUUCGAUAAAAUUCAGCUCACGGCUGGCAACGUCGGAACGGUCCCUGUGUGGAGCAGUCCCGUGACUGAAAAUUCCGUGCUAUCAUUACAUGAGUACCCGUAUAUACCUACUGAGACGUGCCUGGACAAGGCACCUCCUACUUUCCAAGGGUACAUAACAGGAGACAAACUUUGCGCUGGCCUAGAUAACCGUACGAUGGUCCAUCGAGGCAACAGCGGGACAGGACUCACGUUCCCUUCGAAAGAACGACUCCUCACUCGUCACUACCUCCGAGGGAUCGUGUCGAUCGCACCCGAAUGGAGUAUUGCGCAAUAUACCCCCAAUGACUUUGUCACCUUCACUAAAGUUACUAGCUUCGAACACUUUGUAAAAAGCAAUUUAUGAGUUGUUUCGUUUUUAAUACAUUAUGAUGCUAUUAUAACGAUGGAAU